AGAUCUAGGCUGAAACUGGGCACGUAACGUGAAGCCAAAACUAUAGACAAUAGUGUACACGUAUAGCAGUCUCAUAAACGUGGACGUAAAGUUGGUAUAUUCAGUUAUGACGGUGUCGUGCAUAGUCUGUCCUAUUUAGCCACACCCGGGAGACUUCCAACGCGGUACAAACCGGGAUGACUCAUUAAAAUGUUGGCCGCAGUUUUAUCUCCGGGGAAUUUCUCCUUUGUUACACACGCUAACGUUUUGGCUGCUAUUCAACUAUCCGGCGAAAAACAAUAAGUGCUCCGUAUGUGCUUUAAAAGGAAAAGAUUGGGAUAUAACUAAGAAUGUUACUAAAUUCACUCUCGCUCGACUGAAUUAGUAUGAAAAGUGAAACCAAGUUUUGUGAAAUGUAUAAGUGUCUAUGUAAAUUGCUACAAUCAAAACACAAUAAAGUUUAUAGCAUACUGUGAUUGAGUAUUGAUGCUAUUUAUAAUGAUAGUUAUCUACACUAUUUACAGUAGUUAUCCGCAUCUUGAUCUAGUGACAUAAAUUAGACAAUUUAUUGGUCUUCUCUAGCUUCUACUGUCAUUAGCUGCUUGGCUAAUAAAUAUAAGUAAUAAAUUCAACGAUAAACUGUCAAAGCUGCACUUACCGCGUAAUUAGAACGUUUUGUUUUUUUGUCAAUACGUAUAUUAUAAUGUUAAGUAAAACAUUUUAUUAAUUUCGAGUACAAUGACUCACAGUACACUACGUCGGCACGUUGACAAAUAAAUAAAUGUCCGAUUGACUCGAGUGACGUAUUCAAUAAUUAACUACAAGCUAUGUACAUAACAGGUUUUAAAGAUAAAACCAGGUUUCCUCGUCAGUGUUACACGGCCGGACAAAGGCAGGAUCUAGAUAAUUAGUUGCGGACAAAAAUAGUCGUCGGUGUCGGGCCCUGGGCCAGGUGACGUCAGCGCGCCAGGGCCGGCGGCGGGGCAAGACGGGCCCCGCGCCAGUGUCGCGCGCGCCGUCAGCCCGCUCGCACGCCACCUGCCGAGCCUGAGCCAGCACCCGCCGCGCGCUGCCCUGCCGCCUGCUCGCCUCCACCGGCCCCCUCCCGGCUGCCUACGCGAUCCUGAACCACACGCUCACUUAUAAAAAAUAUGACGCGGUCAUUCAAGGACGGUCGACCACUGACGAGAGGUAUUUCCCGUUUUUGAACCGUCAAUGUCACACGUAGCAGUGCAAUAAAUAAAUAAAAAUAAAAGUAUUAAAAGUAAAAGAAAUGAGAGUGCAAUGGUCAGAAGAUACGAAAGAAUGAGUGGACGCCAGUCCUGGAACGAAGAUGACAUGGCUAAGGCAGUCGCAGCAGUCGUGUCAGGUAAGAUGGGGUACAAGCUGGCCGCCAGGACCUUCCACAUUCCUCGCUCAACUCUCCAAAGACGUGCUAGCAAGAUACGGUAUCAGCAACCUGAUGACCCCAAACCUUUAAUGGGCCACUACCGAAGGGUCUUCACGGACAGUCAAGAGAAAGACUUGGUUGGAUACAUCAAAAGCAUGGAGAAGUAUUUCAUGGGAGUCUCCAGGCGAGAUAUUCGGGAGCUAGCCUUCCAGUACGCAGAAGACAACCAUCUGAAUCAUCCGUUCGAUGUGAACACCAGGAUGGCAGGCGAAGACUGGGUCAGGAACUUCCUGAAGAGGAAUCCAGAGCUCCUGGACAAGUCGGAGCAUGAGUGCGGCUUGGAGCCCGUGAACUUCGAUCAGUUCUAUCACUUUAUGUGUCAGCUGUCAUGAUGACUGGCUGCUUAGACGGUAAAACUAGUUGUAAGUAAAAAGGUCAAGUUCGCCCCCCAGAGAGCCUCAGCAUUAAUGUUUGACAUGUGUGAAUCCAACCUGUGUAUACUGUACAUGCCCACUUUGUAAUCAUUCAUAUGAAUUUGUUGUACAAGAAAUUGCUCAAUAACACACAUUCGUAAUCAAAAACGGUAACCAAAUCAUGAAGACUUUAGGCAGUUUAUAUCCACAAGUUGAUACAUAGUACAGUAAGACUUUUGGAAAGAUUUUUUAAAUUUAUAUGAACAAAAUUGUAGCAAAAGUAGAUGAAGAGAGCCAAGCUCAAAUAUGCGAUGUUACCUUUGAUAUUUUCUUAAUUUGAUUAGAUAUUUUGUUUUGUUAAUAUUUGGGACCGUAGACAGAUGCGCGCAUGGCCGCGUGUCACAGUCACGGUUCUGCACUUAGUAAGUACUUACGAAGUCUAUAGUUGUAUCUGAUUUAUAGUUUAAAUUUUGUUAUUUAAUGGUACUAAAAGAUAACUUGCUAAAUUAAGGGCUGUGAUAACAGAGAAAGGUGUAUUUUUAUGGAACAUAUCUAUUGAGGUGAUGUAUAUAUUUACAAAGACGGUAUCUGAUAAUUUAAAUUUAAUAGCUUACUACAAAUUGCAAUGUGAACGCAGAGUAUGUUUUGAUUGUAAAAUGUUCCGUAACAUAGUUUCUACCGGCAAGGCGCAACGUAGCGGGAUGGUCUGAUUUGCAAUAUUUCCUUUGUGUGCAAUAUUAAAGCUAUGUACUAAGGAGCUAUAAAAACUAUGCAGCACGUCAUACAAGACGCGACAAAUAACAUAUUUCAGCGGUCACGCUAUAAGCAUCGUACGUCGUACGUUACGUGCCAAACUCAAAAAAACUGCAAACAAUGUAAUUAAUACGUGAUCAGAGACAACGUUCGAUUGAUGUAGUUCUAACACCGUGCAAAUGAACGUUUUUCAUUUUAAAAUGGCAUGCAAAUAAAGCAGUAAUAAAAUGCUCGUCCAUGGGUGAAUUUUACGUAACACACGCGCAUGAAUCUGCAAUCGAGGCAAACAUUCUCCAUUAGUGUAGUUUGACGUAGCACAUACAACUGCAGUGUUGCCAGUUACGGAACAUUUGCCCCUAAUGAACGCUGAUAACGAGCGCGUCAGCGAUCUGCCACGCGCUGCGCUCAGCUCCAACGAGCCACUACCUGCGUCACUCACAUGCAUAUAAACUCUUUAUACGUACUAUUGGGAUGGGAUAGUGAUAUUCGUGGGAUUUCGGCUUAUCUAAUUAUUUCGAUUCUAGUUAAAAUUAUGUUCGUGUUUCGUCCAAAUCAAUGCUAUUUUUCUAUAGUCACUAUUUUAACGAUCCCACUGUACCAAAUUAGUUAUAUUAUUAUCGUUACCUGAUUCAAGUUUUGAUCUCUUUAACUUAGUUCAAAAUAGCGAAAUGUUUAUUUAUUUAGAUCUCGAAAUAUUAAAUGUUUGUUGGUUUAUUAAAUUUUUAACAUUCGGAAACAUUACCCGUAUGCCAAACUAUGUUGUUAUUUUGAGAUUUAUUUUUAAUUAAUAUAAUAAUAUAUUCCUAUGUACUUAGUUUAAAAAAAUGUGAUUAUAAAUUGAAAUAUUUAAUAAAGAAAAUUUUAAGUACCUA